AUGUCUACCGAUAAUAUGAAGAAGGGACGAUUCGACCAACUCGGUCUGCCUCCAAUGGAGUUAGCAGAAUCUUCAGAAAACAGACCCAAUAACAAUGGAAUGUACAAAUGUUUGUUCCCCAUAUUACAAAAAGUUAUGAUAAUAUUGUUACUGACAAUAUUUGGAGUCGGUACAUACGUCUUGCUGUCAAAAAUAUUAGAGAAUUAUGAAAGCCCUAUAAACACUCAAAUAAUAUAUAUAAAAGAAAAUAGUGAGCCUUCUAAUAUGUUUCAUUUUCUACGAUUAUUCAAUACCACAUCAGAUACUGAAAUAUCUAGAAGAAAAAGAAAUACUGAUCCUGUAAUUGAUCCUAAUUUAGAUUUAGAUGAGUUUAAUUCUAUAAAUUUCAAUGAAGACCAAUUAGAAAAAGCAAGAGAAAUAAUCAUGAACCAUGAUAUCACGUGUAGUGAAGAAGAUAAAGAAGGCAUUUGCAAAGAUCUUGUGACAAAGUUGAAAGAAAUAACAGAAAAUAAAGAUUCUACCAAACAAGAAGGAGAUUCAUCCAAGGUUACUUUAGACACAGACAAUAACAAAACUAAACUUUCUGAAGGUGCCACAACUGAUGUAGCUAAGCGUGAAGCAUUCCCCAUACCACACGAAGGAAGUAUUGUUGACACAGUACCAUUACCGUUGGGCCUUUCAAAAAACAGUCAGUAUGAUUUCACGCAUUCAAGUGAAAACUCUAAUAAUUGCCUCAUGAAUAUUCUAAAAAUGUAUUCUCGAGCACAAGAUUAUUCGGCACAAAGUGAGGAAGAUUUUCCCCGUCAAGAACCACAUUACGACCGUCCAUUACUACCUCGUGGCAGAUCAGAUGCUAUGCCAACUGAGGGUCUGUUUAAUUCCUCUUUGGAAAUCACAUGUGCUACUGGUACGGUAGCAUGUUUGAGUGGAGACAGUUGCAUAGAAAAGAAACAGUGGUGUGAUGGGCACGUGGAUUGUGAUGACGUCAGUGAUGAAGCUGGAUGCAACUGCAAAUCCCGAGUCGAUAAAUCUAGACUCUGUGAUGGAUAUUUUGAUUGUCCUUUCGGAGAAGAUGAAUUAGGAUGUUAUGGUUGCAGUGAAAGCACAUUUAGUUGUGAAGACUUGGAUAUAAACUCACAGAGCACAUGCUUCAGUAAGGAACAGAGAUGUAAUAAUGUGCCUGACUGUCCUAAUAACAAAGAUGAAAAUGAAUGCAAUAUGUUGGCUCCAAGUCUACUUAUGAAGCCGGUCUUUUCAGUGUCAAACACUGAAGGCUUUUUACACAGAAACUUCAAAGGAGAGUGGUAUGCGGUAUGUAAAAAUCCAUAUAUGUGGGCUCAUGAUGCUUGCCGUCGAGAAGCCGGUUUAAUUAUUAGGCCACCUAUAAUAGAAAUAGUUCCAGUAGACCCAAUGUUAAAAAUAAACUAUAUUAACACAAAUCACGGUGGAUUUGUGCAUACGACCGAUAACUGUUUAAAUUCUUCUGCUGUCUAUGUGACAUGUCCAGAUUUACUCUGUGGAACUCGGGUGCAAUCUGCAUCACAAUUAAUUAGAGAGAACAAUGCUAUCGAAAAUCAUCUAUUUGGGCGUAACAAAAGAUUUCUUCGUCCGAAUCACCCCACAUUUUAUGUCUACCGCCGAAAACGGGACGUCGGUAGCAAGACAAAUUACGGAAUCAAAUUUGGCACAUCGAGAAUGGAAGAUCCCUUUGUCAAAAUGAGAAAUAAAAGGACUGAAAGCAGGGUGGUGGGGGGUAAUCCGAGUCAGCCGGCAGCAUGGCCUUGGUUGGUUGCGUUGUACAGAGAUGGAAUGUUUCAUUGCGGAGGGGUCAUCAUAUCUCAUAGUUGGAUUAUAUCCGCCGCUCACUGUGUACACAAAUUCUGGGAUCACUAUUACGAAGUUCAAGUGGGUAUGUUACGACGAUUUUCUUUCUCACCACAAGAGCACAUCCACAAAGUCACCCACGUCAUAGUUAAUCAGAAAUACAACCAAAAGGACAUGAAAAAUGAUCUUUCUCUAAUCAAAGUAAAACCAGCAAUACAGUUUAGUCGGUGGGUUCGACCAGUUUGUUUACCAAAUCCUGAUACAGCUGGACCUAAUUGGCUUUGGGGUCCCUCAGCAGGAACUCAAUGUACUGCAGUUGGUUGGGGAGCAACUGUGGAACAUGGACCCGACCCUGAUCAUAUGCGGGAAGUUGAAGUUCCUAUUUGGGAAAACUGUAAAUACAAAGAAGAUCGCGCUGGCAAAGAAAUUUGUGCAGGAUUGAGGGAGGGUGGCAAAGAUGCUUGCCAGGGUGAUAGUGGCGGGCCACUAUUGUGCAGAAAUCCUUUGAAUUCACAACAAUGGUACGUAGCGGGCAUCGUAAGUCACGGAGACGGCUGUGGUCGUGAGAGUGAGCCUGGUGUUUAUACUCGAGUGAGCCUCUUUGUAAAAUGGAUUAGAUAUCAUACAGCAUCGAAGUCUUUGCCAAUAAUUCAACCAGUACAAAAGUGCCCUGGAUUUAAGUGUCAAUCCGGAAUUUCUAAAUGUCUUCCAAUUAAGAGGAAAUGUGAUAGAAUUAUUGACUGUCUCGAUGGAGACGACGAAGUUAACUGUAAUUUUAAAAACAUACUUUCAACUUUUAAUGAUAAUGUUUUCUCUGCUGCAACAACAAAUUUUACUGAAGAAAUAUUUGCCAGAAAAGAUGAUAGAACAGAAUCAAAUAACGUUGAAAAAGAAACAAGUACGACGGUACUCAAUGUUGUGAGUUCUACAACUGAAUCAGAAGUUAUAACUUCUUCUAAAAGUACAGUUAUUAAAAAUCAAGAAAAUAAAGAUCUUAUUAAAUCAGUAGAAGAAGUAGAGCAGCCUGAUAUUCAGCAGUCAAGAUUAAACGAGAACUUAAAUUUGAGAAGUUCAGAAGACUCAAGUAAUGUCGACAAACCUGUUACAUUAUCACAAUCCGAUGACAGUACAAGUAAUGAAUUUAUUUCAAAAGGUCGUGGGGAUGCAGAGAGUAUUGCGAUUGAGUUUAUUGGAGAAUCUCUAGAAUCGAGAUCAUCGGUAUUAGGAAAACUACGUGAGCAUACCACAGAAACAAACAUUGAUGAUAAUUUUAACACUGAACCAGAAGUAAUGGAGCCGACAUCUGAAGCGUCCACUAGUAUCUUUGAACAACACCCGCAAGCAAAUCUAGAUAUUACAACACAAAAUAAUAAAAAUGAAAAAAACGAAAUUCCUUUAAUAACGCAACAUAAUUUAGAGCAAAAUCAAAAUGAUUUCAAAUUUACAACAAGAUCAGAGGACCUGAUAGUGAAGCUUCUUCCCACAACUCAUUUAGAUUUGCCUGAUCAAACAGUUGAAGAAACCGAACAUAUUACUCAAGCAACUACAGUUUUGAAUAAAAAUCAAACCAAAGAUGAUUUGUCAAAGACAUUAUCAGAUUUUGACAUCGAAAAUAUUAUUAUUUCGGAACUACAGCCAGCCACGUUAAGGAGGAAACAUCACAUACCUAAAGAAUUCCAAUGUCGACGUAUUUUCCAAAUGAUACCCUACCGUCAUCAUUGCGACCGUAAAGCUGACUGCGAAGAUGGCACCGAUGAACUUGAUUGUUCAUGCAGUGACUAUUUGUUAACAUUCGACGAAAAGCUUGUCUGUGAUGGUAAUUAUGAUUGUGCUGAUGGCCAUGAUGAAACCAGCUGUUACAGUUGCGAAGAAAACCAGUACCUAUGUAAACAAAGUAAAAUUUGUUUACCCUUAAAUAACAUUUGUGAUGGAACACCUCAGUGUCCAAAAGGGGAAGACGAAUUGGACUGUUUUGCUUUAACCAAUGGAAAAGAGAUUCAAUUUAAUUUAGAUGAAAGACCGGCGGUGAAUUUAGAAGGUUACCUUACUCAAAAACGUAAUAACGACUGGCAAGUAGUAUGUGAUGAUAAGUUAACACUUGACCAACAAGAACAAACUGCUACACAUAUUUGCAGAUAUUUAGGAUUUAGUUCUGCAAACAAAUUUAAAGUUAAGUAUAUAAAUAUCAAAGAAGACGAUAUCGCAAUGCACACUUUAGAUUUCAAGACUAAAAGGAUAAAAAGAGAUGUUGUACAACGGUCCCCUGUACAUUUUGUCUACAGGCAGGUAAAUGAUCAGAAUGAUGCAUCUCAACACAUGUUACUACAAAACGCUCAGGUUAUCAAAGAGGAAUGUGUGCCUAAUAUAACGAAAACGUGUAAAUCACUAUACAUUGUUUGUGAUCAUACGCUUUUUACUGAUUCUGAUGAGCUUAAUGGUAUUUUCUUACGAAAUACCAAUUAUGCUAUUCACAUGUGGCCAUGGGUCGCCAAAGUUUUCAUUGACGGAGAAUAUAAGUGUACGGGAGUAUUAAUAGACCUCUCAUGGGUCUUAGUAAGUGAAUCUUGUCUGUGGGAUUCGAUGCUCAACCGUGAUUAUGUAACAGUGGUCCUCGGUUCACAUAGAACUUUAGAAGCAACAAUCGGAAUGCAUGAACAAGUUUACCAAGUUGAUGCUAAAAAGGAUAUUUUUCGCAGCAAAAUAACUUUACUCCACUUAAAAGAACCAGCUUAUUAUUCGAAUGUUGUGAAGCCAAUGGUCGUAUCUUCUUCGUUCACAUAUCUUGAUCCAAAAUCAACAUGUGUAGCUGUUGGUGAGGAUGAUAAAAAUAAUACUUUAAGUAUUACCCUAGAAGAAACAAGUGAAAACUGUAAACGAAAUAACCGCUGUUUUGUUCGAAAAUCAAAUGUAACCUUGUGUUCUCCUAACAUUUCCUCUAAUCGCCAUUGGGCCGGUAUCAUCAGUUGUCACACAGAUGAAGGCUGGUUCCCUGCAGCUUCAUUUGUUGAUAGCAGAGGAGAAUGUGGUAUGGGUGAUCACAUUAAUGCUAUAGAUAUCGAAAAUUUGAAAUACGAAAUAAGCCAUGUGAAUAAUAGCAAAGGUAUACCUUAUUUGGUGACUAAAAGCCUUACUGACGAUUGCGAAGGAAUACGAUGUGGUCGAGGCCGCUGUGUUCCCUUAGUACAGAUUUGUGAUGGCGUGAAAGACUGUGAAGACAGCAAUGAUGAGUCUGAGAUUGCGUGUGAGCAGAAAAACGACAAGUGCAAGGAUCCGUAUCACUCUGGAUGUGAAUGUUCAUCUGGACAAAUGAAAUGUCGAAACGGGAAAUGCAUUUCUAAAGAAUUAUUCAAAGAUGGCAGCAAUGAUUGCGGCGAUGGUACGGACGAACCGGGUCGAUCUUCUUGUUCCCAUUAUCUAGCCAGAGUGAUGCCUUCUAGACUCUGUGAUGGUAUUCUCCACUGUGAUGACAGAAGUGACGAGGAUCCGAUGUUCUGCAAAUGUUUUGCAAAGAACACAUACAAAUGCGGCGGUAAUUUUAGAGUAGAUCACUGUGUACCUCAAGAUACGGUUUGUGACGGUGUAAGAGAUUGUCCCAAUGGAGAAGAUGAGCAGACUUGUAUCGCUCUCAAUGCGCCACAGGGGACCCCACACGGUAUAGGGCAAGUAAUUGUCCGCUCCCAUGGCGUCUGGCAUUCGAAGUGUUAUCCAACACAGAACCACACAAAAUCAGAAUUGGAAGCUAUUUGCGCCGAACUCGGUUUCAUUAGUGGUCAUGCAAAACAAAUACAUCAAAUAGAGGACCUAACGGUACACCCACAUAACAAUCUUGUUCUAGAUUCAUUUACCAAUGUAAUUUUGAACAAUAAUACAAUCAUCAAAAUGAGGAACACGCAUGAACCUAUGGCCAAGGCCGUGUACGACAAGGAAUUACAGGAUUGUUACCCAGUUUUUAUAGAAUGUCUAUAA